ACCAUAUUGUUUAUUGCUUCCCAAUGUUACUGGAGUUGGCCGUUCAGUUUGGCCCAGCAACAUCGGCAAAUCAUUUGCGAAACCUGUUGGAUAAGGAGCACGACAUAAAAUGCAUCGAAGUAAACGAGAGUGAAGAGCGGUUGGUUGUGGAUUCAACUUUGCCGGUGUCCACUCUCCUGAACCUGAUUCGUUCGCAGGGAUUUCCAACACUAUUUCGUGGUACGUCUUCCGAUGCGGACGGAAUGAAAGCCUGUGACUUUGGUUCUGGUGUGGCCGUGCUCUCAGAGGGUGGUAAGGUUUGCGGAAUAUGUCGUCUUUUUCAACCAAGUGACGAGACGCUCCUUGUGGAUGCCUCGGCUGAUGGACUUUUCCCAGAACAUCAAAUUUUAAUGGCGAUCCACAGUUUUGGGGAUAUAUCCAACGAUGCAAUGUCAUGUGGGGAAAUUUUAACCACUACCGAGGGAACAGCUCAAUUGGGCACGGUUCAAGCUGAUUCUGAUGGCCAUGCUUCAUGGUUGGUGGAAAACACUACACUGAAACUCUGGAAUUUGAUUGGCCGUUCAGUAGUGCUGCAUGAUCUAACCGCUUCUUCCAGAAUCGCCUGUGGUAUCAUUGCACGAUCCGCAAAUAUAUUCUCCAAUCCAAAGAAGGUAUGCGCCUGUUCUGGGAGAACCAUGUGGGAAGAACAUGCUGCAAAUCCCGUUGGAUGAAAUGUCGUUGUCUCCAGUGAGGCCUCUUCAUGCACAAGAUAGCAUUUUUUAUGUGAUCAGCAGAUUAACAUACUUGUCUUCAACGCUAAUCUUUCUACGCUGUUUUCUGCACAGAUUAUAGCAACACUUAUGACGGCGUCGGGAUUUAAGCCGUUUGGGCUACAUUUCAACGUGGUGUGUUAUUUUGUGGGAUAUCUUUCACGCUUGUAUGGGGAAUCUCCACCUUCUGUUUUACUUGAGCGUUGUUAGUUUGUAAUUGUUUACUAAUGCCUUUUCAUUCCAUUCUGUGGUGAGCAGCUACAGAGUUCACUCUGGGAAUUGUUUUACUGACGCUCGAUGAAGUGGGUGAAAACUUUAAAAAGUUAACUUGGAACGAGCAACAAAGAGUUCACACACUACGGAGCCAACCGAGG